CUCCUCCUUUCCCGCUUCCCUUCAUCCCACUAACACCACAACCACCACUCCCUCGACUCGCUCACGAUGCUGCCGCAAGUCAGUGUUCCCUCGCGUAGGGCAGCGCUGCGAUCCGCAUCAGCCGCGCCCUUGCGAUCGCAACGAUCCCUCAGCUGCCUCGCAACCUCUACCCCUCGUCUCCAACAACAACAGCAGCAGCAGCAGCGAGCAGCAGUGGCAUCGCCGCUCCGCUUCUCGUCUCUCCCCAGGCAAUCACCCAUCGCGCCAAGCGCCGCUCGCUGCUUCCAUGCUUCACAAAUCUUUGCCGCAGAGACGGUCAAGGUGCCGCAGAUGGCUGAGUCCAUUUCGGAGGGUACGCUCAAGCAGUGGAACAAGAAGAAGGGAGACUUCGUGCAGGCGGACGAGGAGGUUGCUGUGAUCGAGACGGACAAGAUCGAUGUUACAGUCAAUGCUCCCCAAGCCGGUACCAUCACCGAGACGCUCGCCAACGAGGAGGACACUGUGACCGUCGGACAGGACCUCUUCAAGCUCGAGCCGGGAGAGGCGCCCGAGGGAGGCAGCAGCGGUGGUGGAGACAAGGGCGGCGAGGAGAAGGAGCAGAAGCAGAAGCAGGAGGAGGAGGACUCAAAGAAGCAGGAAGAGGAGAAGAACAAGAAGCAGGAAGAGUCAAAGAAGAAGGAGGCUGAGGAGUCAAAGAAGCAGGACCAGCAAAAGCAGCAGCAGCAGCAACAGCAGCAGCAACAGAAGCAGAGCGAGAAGAAGGAGUCGAAGCCCUCAUCGUCUUCAUCGUCCAGUGGCGCCGACUCUGCUCCCUCGAAGCCUCCCGCUGGCUCUCGCGGCGAGCAGCGCGUCAAGAUGAACCGGAUGCGCGUCCGUAUCGCCGAGCGCCUCAAGCAGUCGCAGAACACGGCUGCUUCGCUCACCACUUUCAACGAGAUCGACAUGACCAACCUGAUGCAGUUCCGUGCCCGUCAUAAGGACCGUAUCCUCAAGGAGCAUGGCGUCAAGCUUGGUUUCAUGGGCGCUUUCACCAAGGCUGCUUGCCUUGCGCUCAAGGAGAUCCCCGCUGCGAAUGCUAGCAUCGAGGGCGAGGGCCUGGGCGACACCAUCGUAUACAGAGACUACGUCGACGUCUCGGUUGCGGUCUCGACGGAGAAGGGGCUGGUCACACCCGUUGUGAGGAAUGCGGAGAGCAUGAGUAUCAUCGAGAUUGAGCAGGAGAUUGCGCGAUUGGGCAAGAAGGCCCGCGACAACAAGCUCACCCUCGAGGACAUGACGGGCGGCACCUUCACCAUCUCGAAUGGCGGUGUCUUCGGCUCCCUCUUCGGCACACCCAUUCUCAACCUUCCCGGCUCGGCCAUCUUGGGCAUGCACGCCAUCAAGGAGAAGCCGUGGGUCGUCGAGCACCCAGAUGGAAGCAAGACGAUCGAGAUUCGCCCCAUCAUGGUCAUUGCGAUCACGUACGACCACAGACUGCUCGAUGGUAGGGAGGCUGUGCAAGUCGGUGUGAAGCUGAAGACUUAUCUGGAGGACCUCGGGGCUCAGCUGUUGUAGAGCUGUGAAUGAGGUGGUGGAAGAGUGGGUGGAAGGCAGAGAGAUAUGUGCACAGCGGUGGAGCGUUGUGGGCUCUGAGCAGCGGGGGAGGAAGAAGGACAGGCGUCGAUACACGGCAAGCCCAUCGUGGCCCUCUUGAACGGCCUCGUAAUGGACCUAGCACACAGCCCGUCUCCAAUGCAUUUCUAUCAGUCGAU